UGGAGGCGGGGCCGCCAGUGCAUUGUGGGGUGGCGGUGCGGCCUAGCUGGUAAACAAGGCCGGCGGAGAGGAAUAAACAAAAUGGCAUCAGGGACAGUAACGAAUGCCACUUCUUCAGGAGGAUCAAAUGAUGUGAGCCUGGAGGAGCCAAAGAAGAUGACAAGGGAAGACUGGAGGAAAAAGAAGGAAUUAGAAGAACAAAGAAAACUAGGAAAUGCACCUGCUGAAGUGGAUGAAGAAGGAAAAGAUAUCAAUCCUCAUAUUCCUCAGUACAUAUCCUCAGUACCAUGGUACAUAGAUCCCUCUAAAAGACCUACACUAAAGCAUCAGAGACCUCAGCCAGAGAAGCAGAAACAGUAUAGCUCCUCUGGAGAUUGGUACAAACGAGGAGUUCAAGAGCAUUCUGUAGCAACUAGAUAUCGUAAAGGAGCUUGCGAGAACUGUGGUGCAUUGACACACAAAAAGAAAGACUGUAUGGAGAGACCCAGGAAAGUUGGAGCAAAGUACACAGGUAUGAAUAUUGCACCAGAUGAACAUGUGCAGCCCCAACUGAUGUUUGAUUAUGAUGGAAAGCGAGAUCGUUGGAAUGGUUAUAACCCAGAAGAACACAUGAAGAUUGUAGAGGAAUAUUCCAAGGUUGAUUUGGCCAAACGUACACUGAAAGCCCAGAAGCUUCAGGAAGAGUUAGCAUCAGGAAAGCUGGAGCAAGUGAACUCCCCAAGACACCAGUGGGGAGAAGAGGAACCAAAUUCACAGACAGAAAGAGAUCAUAACAGUGAAGAUGAAGAUGAAGAUAAAUAUGCAGAUGACAUUGAUAUGCCUGGGCAGAACUUUGACUCUAAAAGACGUAUCACAGUUCGAAAUUUACGUAUUCGGGAAGACAUCGCAAAGUACUUGAGGAAUCUUGAUCCAAACUCUGCUUAUUAUGAUCCCAAAACAAGAGCAAUGAGGGAGAACCCGUAUGCCAAUACAGGCAAGAAUCCAGAUGAAGUUGGUUAUGCGGGUGACAACUUCGUUCGCUACACUGGAGAUACCAUUUCAAUGGCACAGACUCAGUUGUUUGCUUGGGAGGCUUAUGACAAAGGCUCUGAAGUUCAUCUUCAAGCAGACCCUACAAAAUUAGAGCUACUUUAUAAAUCCUUCAAAGUGAAAAAAGAAGAUUUCAAGGCACAGCAGAAGGAAAGCAUCCUAGAGAAGUAUGGAGGACAAGAACAUCUAGAUGCCCCACCAGCUGAACUGCUGUUAGCUCAAACAGAAGAUUACGUGGAGUACUCUAGACAUGGAACAGUCAUCAAAGGACAAGAGAAAGCUAUUGCUUGCUCUAAAUAUGAAGAGGAUGUAAAGAUCAACAACCAUACAUGCAUUUGGGGUUCGUAUUGGAAAGAAGGCAAGUGGGGUUACAAAUGCUGCCACUCAUUUGUCAAAUACUCAUAUUGUACAGGGGAAGCUGGGAAAGAAAUUGCUAAUACUGAAGCAAGCUUACUGGAAGAGCAACCCAGGGAGGAAGAACACAUGACAAAACCCAAAACACUGAUGGAGAUCCACCAAGAGAAACAGAAAGAGAAGAAAAAGAAGAAGCACAAGAAGAGCUCAAAUUCUGACAGUGAGGGUGAAGAGAAAAAGAAGCAAGAAAAACUUAAAAAGGCACUAAAUGCAGAAGAAGCUCGUCUUCUCCACGUUAAAGAAAUCAUGCAGUUAGAUGAGAAGAAGAGGCCAUACAACAGCCUGUAUGAAACCAGGGAGCCAACAGAAGAGGAAAUGGAAGCCUAUAGAAUGAAACGUCAGAGACCUGAUGAUCCCAUGGCCUCUUUUCUUGGACAGUAGUCACGGUGAAAAUCAUUCCAAUACACGAGAUUUUUUUUUCAUACUUGUUUACAACUCUGUAGACACUUGCUUACAAUCCACAUGUCUAAUUAAAGUGCCAUAAAUGAGACUUUUUUUGCACCAAAAAAAUUGGUGAAAACUUUCAACAGACAUAAGUUGUCUGAUACGGCAAUUUUAUAUAUGUGUAUGUGUAUAUAUAUAUUUGUGACUAUAUAUACACAUAUAUAUGAUUAUAUGUGUAUAUAUAUAAAAUAAAUACACUUACUCUGUAAAUUCUUUAUUGGGAGAGAAAAGAUCUGAUGCUGGCUGGAAUUCUAGGUUCGUUUGGCCAACUAAUAUAUGCAUGAAGUCAUGCUACAUUCAGUAAAACUGACUACUCAGAAGAAGUGGUCAGCAGGUGUCAAUAUAGAAACAAAUUGCUGAAAAAAAUUGAUACAGCUACUGAAGCCUCUUUGUAAAGGGAGUUGCCUGUUCAAUGGGUUUAAAAGGAGAAACAGUUUCUUUCUUGAUCGCUUUGUAGUAAGUUAUUUUGGAAAUGUAAAAAUUGAUUGUUUUGUACAGUUUUGGUUAAAUUAAUAAAAAGGUCUUAAAUGC